AAGGAUACGAAGGGAAACCCCAUCCUUGACCAGAGCAAUAAAACUCAAGCGCCCCUCUGCCGACGAGUUUACUUUAAAAGCAGACGGCCGCAUCGAUUGUGAUCGAUAACUUUCAUUAUCAUCAUCAUCAUCCUCAAGCCGCUCACUCCAACACUCGCUCUCAUCUCCGCCUUUGCCUGACCCGCUUCGCUCACUUGGCCCGCUCCGCUCACUUGGACAACCUCCCACCCCCCCUCGCAACCAUGAUGACCCCGACCUUCACCCACGGCGCGCUCAGCCGCCUCGCCAUCGCCGUUCUGGCCCUCUCCCCGGCCGUCCUCGCCCAGGAGACGACCACUUCGGCCGAGCCCUCGGCGACCACCACGACGUCGGCCGAGCCCACGGCGACGCUGCCCCCGGUUGCCCCCGUCUACAACCCGGGCGUCGGCACCAUGACCCUGGUGGGCUGCUACGCGGAGCCCUCCGGCGCCCGCGCGCUCCCGUCCAUCUACCUGGACGCGAACCAGACCGUCGAGACUUGCAUCGCACAUGCCAAGGCGGCCGGUGCCACUUUUGCGGCGCUCGAGUACGGCCAGGAGUGCUGGUACGGCACCAGCGUGCACGGCGGGUCCGCUCGCCGUCCCCUGGAGGAAUGCAACUUCUCCUGCCCUGGCGACGCCGCCGAGUUCUGCGGUGCCAGCAACCGUUUGCUCGUGUACUCUGAGGGUGGCGUUGCCCCGCCCCUGGAUAGCGACACGCCCACGCAGCCCGCCACCAUCGGCGCAUACACCUUCAACGGCUGUGUGACCGAGGGCAACGGCACCAGGGCUCUGACCUCGGCCUCGUUCGCGAGCGACUCCAUGACGCUCCAGGCCUGCGCCACUUUCUGCGACGCCUACAAGUUCUUCGGUGUUGAGUACUCCCACGAGUGCUACUGCGGCGACGUCUUCAGUGAGGGCUCCAUCCCGGCGGCCGGCGACUGCACCAUGGUCUGCUCCGGAAACGGCCUCCAGUACUGCGGCGCCGGCAACCGCCUGUCGUCGUACGGCAAGCCUUAAGCGCGCACCUCGCUUGAGCGCUAGGUUGGAACCUGAUUUUUGGCUUAAUAAACCGCCUUCUAGAUCUGCGGAAGGUGGAGUGAUAGCGAUGAGCACUAGGCUAUGAGAUGGAUGACAUCAGGGGUUGGAACUUCGAUUCUGCUAACACAUAAUUUAAUAAUAAUCACGUGGUGCCGCGUAGGUGCUCAGAAACCCUCCCGUUUGCCCA